GAUCUCUGCCUGAGCAGUUUAAACGACGCCCCAUUUUUGGAAACUCAAUCUUUUGUUUUUUUUUUAGUACAACUUGGAAUAAACAGCUGAUCUACGCGUCGACAUGUUCGCCGGGAUCCACAAACAGAUGCGACGGUUCCCAGCGCUGGUCCCCCUCUUUGCAUUCGUCUCCGGAGGUGGCGUGAUGGCUGUGAUUUAUCUGGCUCGCCUUGCUUUGAAAAACCCAGACGUCUGCUGGGAUCGCAAGAACAACCCAGAGCCCUGGAACAAGCUCAGUCCGAAUCAUCAGUACAAGUUUUACUCAGUCACCACCGACUACAGCCAGCUGAAGAAGGAACGUCCUGAUUUCUAAAAUCAUGUCUGCUGGCCCAAAGGCACAGUCAGCUGACCCGCACAGCUCCAUUUGAUCUUCUUUCUGUGGGAGAGGAUGCAGAAGCGAAACCCGCACAAACGUUCACAUUUGAGUUUUGUUGUGGCAUCCCAUUUACUUUUUUCUUUUUUGGUAUGUUUGUCAUUCUCCAUGGCUGUCAAUAAACUAAAGUAGUUUCUCCUUCGUACAA